AUGGCGCCCAACAGCCGGCGCACAAACCGGGACCAUAUGUCCGCAAAGACUGGAAGCUCCCCCAAAAGCCCUGCAGGCCGCACCACGAAGCCCAGGACCCGUCGCGCCAGUGCGCCAUCUCCAUCUCUCUCCCCGGAGCCUGAAAGCUCGUCGGCGCCUCUCAAGCGGAUUAAUGCGUCCAAGGCCCGUCGGAGCCUUAAGGAUCGCGCGUCAUGUCCAGAGGACAACGAGACCAUGGAGGACAGUAGUGCGAGCUCCAUUUCGGGGAUAAUGCAGUCACCAGCCUACUUCCAGAACCUGAGACUUGACGAGAACAAUCGUCUGGUGGACAGCCCAGCCCUUCCGGCUCAUCAUCAUAACGAUCCCCAAGAUUCCAACGCAGUGCGCCAACACAUCGCACAGCGGCACGUGGGGCUGGCACCUGGCGUGUAUGAGGGUAGGCCCGUGAAUCCCGCAGGUGGACCCGACAUGGGGUUUCCUCAUGAUGCUAUCAGGUCUAAUUUCCCUACCGGGCCUGCUCCCCACGAGCACCAGGAUACCAAGGGGAUGCAAUCUGCUCCAGCGGCGUAUCAGGCGGCCCCCAACAUCCCUCCGGAGUAUAGGGCGGUGAAUUAUUGGCAGGGUCCCCCUGCCUUUGGGCAUCCCGGCAUGUACGGGAUGCAACACCCCAUCCCAGGGCCCUGGAUGAACUUCCCGUUCGGAUAUCAUGACCCGAGACUUCCCCUUUGGGGUGGGUAUAACAUGCCGGGCUUCGCUGCACCCGGUGGCGGGUUUCCCGGGAACCAAUGGGCUCAUCCUCCACCACCAAGUACCUAUGAGGGUCCAGUCUCCGGCUUGAGAGAUCUUCCCAGAAACCUGCCCUUUCAUCCGCUGGACCUUGCGGUGUAUGAAGGGCAAGUGGCCGGCAGGGUCGACGGAUUUCCUGGACCGCCGCAUCAUCCCGCUAAUACUUCUUUCCAUCAGCAGGUCCCAGUGGCCGGUCGGGUCGACGGAUUUCCCGGACAGCAGGAUCAUCCCCCCAGUCUUAUCCAUGAUGAGGCCCGAGUGGCUGGUAGCGUCGACAAAUCCCCCGCACAGCGGGACUAUUCCCCCAAGACCCCUUCUUAUGAGGGCGGACAAGAGGCCGGCAUGGUGGAGGCUCCGAGGUCUCCGAGCUAUCCUUCUUUGCCGUAUCCGCAGGAGCGCGAAAUGGAGAGCACUGUUGACGGAUCCCUUGGUGAUGACACAGACCUUAGCGAUGCGUCUUUCCACGAGAAUCAGGAGACCAGUGGGGUGGUGGCAUCUCCUAAGACUCCACCUUUUUCUUCUAUACUGGACCUCGACGAGCCCCCAAUGGCCAGCAUAGUAUACGAAUUCCUCGGUGACGACACAGAUAUUCCCGAUGCCUCUUUGCACCAGAACCAGGAGAACAGCGGGGUAGACGGAUCUCCUAGGGCUCCAUUCUCUCCCGACCUGUCUCCAAUUCCCGAGGAAGAGGAGAACAUGGUGGAGGAGGAGCCUUCCUGCGACCAGACGGACUCUGUUGAUACUUCAUUUUGUGAUGUUGAGGAGGCCAGUACGGUCGAUGAAUCCCCCAGCGAGUCCGAUACGGAAAAUACGCGUGUCACACCCAAUGUCCUCUUGCCUGGACCCAUCCGGCACUUUGCGCGGAAAAAUGGUAAUGUGCAGUUGGGGACCAAGCGUCCCCGGGAGGAGACCCCUUCGGAUGAAUCUUCGGGGAGUGAGUUCAUCGAAGAAAGCGAAGAAUCCGAAGAGAGCGCAGUGGAAGAGAGUGGGUCUGAAGAAUUGCCCCUACGAAAGAACAGAAAAGAUACCACCCGGAGAAUGAAGGGUAAAGGAAAGAAGCCCACAAAACUCCCCAAGUUAUCCAAACAAUCCAAUUCGGCCAAAUAUUUCAAGUCAUUCAAGCCCACCAGGAAGAACAGACACGUCGAAUACGCGCAGGAUACCGAGGAACAAGGAGACAGAGAGGACCUUUCUUCUUCUUACUUUAGCAACUUUAGCAUACCCGAGAACAAAAUUCAAAAUAACUUCCCGCUGUAG